UAAAACCAACCAACAACAACAAAAUGGCUCAAUUUCAAAGGCUGACGCAGUGCGCGAUCAUUCUGCUGGCGCUGCUGCACGCGAUCGACGCCAAAUCACAAACCUCCAAACAGUUGCGUGUUUGCAUCGUGGAGGGUGGCGGCAACUACAAGAAGGGCGCCCAGAACUGCCCGACGCUGGAGGCCGCCUCGAACGUGCGGUGCGUGUACGGGCUCGAUCGGCUAGACUGCUUGCGCAAGAUACACAAGGGCGCGGCCGACUUUGCCGCCUUCUAUCCGGAAGAUUUUCUUGCCGCGCGCUGGUCGGGCGUGGACAUACUGGUUACCAGCGAGCUGAGGUUUCACACCGAACACUUUGAGUAUGAGAUUGUGGUGGUGGUUGACAAUGAGGCCGAGAUUAAUACGGCCCGUGAGCUGCGGGGCAGCAAAUUCUGCCACCCCGGGCAUGGGCUGAAGAACCACUGGACGGCGGUACUGGCUGAUUACUUCGAAACGAGACUAACACCGCGAGAAUGUGAGGAAGACCUCUCGCCCGUCGAAUCGAGACUCAAAUCGGUGUCCUCCUUCUUUGGACCGUCGUGCCGUGCAGGACCCUGGGUACCGGAUCCAACAGAGGAUCGUCGAUUAAAAAAGAAGUACCCUUCACUGUGCCAACUGUGCUACAACUCGUACCAGUGUGGAAUCGGCGACAAGCACUGGGGUAGACGCGGCCCGCUCUACUGUCUCACGAGCGGUGCGGGUGAGGUGGCGUGGGCCCGCCUGGACGACGUGCGCAGUCACUUUGGCUUUUCGGGGCUGGCGGCCGAAGCGAACCCGUCCGAGUACAGCUUUCUCUGCCCGGACGGGCAUCUGCAGCCGCUCAACACGCGUAAACCGUGCGUGUGGGUAGCGAAACCCUGGCCAGCGAUUGCUGCCAAGUCGAAAGUGGCAAUGGAGGUGCAGGACCUGGUGGCAAAGCUGUCCCACGAUGACAUCAACAGCUGGCAGAACGCGCUGCUGAUGGUGCUGGAAACGUAUCACGUUAAUAUCACGACACUGGACACGGUCAUACCGGUCGACGAUUAUCUGGACCAGGCGGUCGGGUUCCAGGACGCGUACAAUAACCCGGGCUGCAGUCCGAGUCGAUCGAUCGUGUUCUGUACGAAGUCGUUGCUCGAGAUGUACAAGUGCUCGUGGCUGCAGGAGGUGGCGAGUGUUUACGGGGUCGAGCCGGGGUUGCAGUGCAUCCGGGUGGACCGGUUGGACCAGUGCAUGGCCAAGGUACGGUCGGGCGAUGCGGAUGUGAUGAUCGUUGAUCAGGACAGUGCGUUGCGGGCGGAACGAGACUACGGGCUGCGUCCGAUACUGUACGAGUACUCGUCGAAUGCGCUGCACAAGUAUCUCAUUGUGGCGGUCGUUGCACGUGGCUCAAAUCUACGAUCGGGUUAUGAUCUUCGCAACCGACGUGCCUGCUUCCCGCAGUUCGAGGGAGCGGCCCACACCGCAGUACUGACUGCACUGCAAAACCAUUCGAUCGGCGACGUGCGCAACUUCUUCGCCGAAAGCUCGUGCAACUGGAAGAGUACGAGCCGCUGUUCGGCCGUGUACGACGGCGAGGACGGUGCCAUGCGCUGCCUGCAGGACGGGGUGGCCGACGUUGCCUUCGUGAGCUACGAAACGUACAAAAGCAUGAAGGGGCCGGACAAGAAGCAGCAACCCACGGACUGGACCAUCUUCUGCCCGUUCAACAAACCGGUGAAGCACAAUGCGCUCUGCUACCUCGGCUGGACGGCGGUCGGGCGCGUCAUGAUCAGCAACGGCACGAUCGAGCGGCGGCAGAAGGAGAUUUACAAUGCGCUCAAAGACAUUGACAAGCUUUUCGGGCGCCGGAACGGUCUGAAGGCGGAAGCAUUUAACCUCUACGGUCUGUUCGAUGGGCGCAGCGAUGUGCUGUUUAAGGACGGCACGGAGAGUUUGCGCAAUCGGCAGGAAAUGAUGCGCGACAAGAGCGAUGGGUUCUUCGAGCCGACCGGUGGUGCGUAUCUGAUGCAUAGCGCUAGUGCGCAACCGUACCGGGGUGGCUUGGUGCAGCAGCUGCUGCUGUCGGUUGCCGCCGUGAUAUUCACGUACGCAUUGCAAAGGUUACGAGCGGUAUAAAACACCGGGAAUGUGUGAGGCGGGAUAUAUCACUCGCCGCGAAGUAUACUCAAAUUACCGUAAGGGAGGUAGUAAGUAAAGUGAUACACUGAGGCGCUAAUUACCACAAUCCACGACCCGCAGAACGGGGAGCCAUCUUGCGUGUCCGUGCAAGCGAGAAAACGAGAUUCAGUGCACUCGUACUGGCUAUAUUUAAGUAGCUUAGGUAGAUUUCAUUACAGGCUAGUAGGUUGAACACACCCAGCAGCUUACCGCUUCUUUUGUCUCUCGUUGACUUGCGUUUUCCUCCGCUCCGUUUCCUUGCGCGAUGUAAAGUUCCUGUGCGGUACAGUGCCUUGUUUUGUUGGCGUUGCGAUUCUGGCGUCUAAAGCGUGUUUGUUAAGUUUCGAUUCUAUAACUCCUCACAAGACACACGCGCGAGCGUACUGUGCCGACGAUAUUGUCUUGCUUUUUGUACGGAUGUAUUAAACUACUUAAUUAUUUUUUUAUGUAGCACAAAAUUAGACCACAGAAAACAAAAAAAAACGAACGGAUAUUUAUCACAAAAUAAAACACCUUGAAGAGCUUACUUUUGGAAAAGAGAACAACAAUAACA